GACAACGAGCGAAAGCAAAAAAGGCAGAUUGUUGUCCUAAGUCCUUCGAUACGUGUACGUGUGCGUGUGUGCGUGUGGGGGGGUGUCGUUAUUGCCUAUUGUUUCCUGUUCGGUGUACCACACGGCCAGACAAACCCGUCCACCGUAUCGGUUUGCAUACCGAACGCAGCUGGAGCAGUCAGUGUUUUGCUACACUUGUGGGGUGGGCCCAGAUAAAGAAUUGUGUCAGAUAUUGUACGUAGGAGAAAAACAUCGAAAAUUUUGGUGCGGAACCUUGUGCAGCUGUUGCUGGGAUUGCCCAUUGUUGCUGGUCAGCAAUUAAGGAUCGGUCAAGAAGAGUUGGUGACAGCAUUCUAGCUGGCCAUCGUAAUCAUCCUUCGGGAAUUGUACUGCGUUGUUUGUGGUUUCGUUUUUGUAACGCUGUGUGUGUGUGUGCGUGCGUGGUGUGAUACGCUAGCCAGAUUCUGCUCCAACCCUUCUCCAGCGGGAGGUUGGUACGCGAAAGGGAACAAAGGCAGCAAGGGGAGUGUGGUGUCGCGUGUUUGGGUGAAGAAAGCGCAAAAGUGUUCGGUUACGCGUACGCAUCCGGUAUCCGCUACGGAGCAGGCCAGGUGGAAAAUGCUGGCAGAAUGUCGCAUCCAACCCCCAUACUGAGUUCGGCCAUCUCCCGCCGCAAUCCGGAGGACGAGUACGAGCUGAUCCACAAGAUCGGUUCCGGGACGUACGGCGAUGUGUACAAGGCCAAGAAGCUGCAGUCGAACGAUCUCGCUGCGAUCAAAGUCAUCAAGCUCGAGCCGGGCGAUGACAUCCAGAUCAUCCAGCAGGAGAUACUGAUGAUGCGCGACUGCCGGCACUCGAACAUCAUCUCGUACUAUGGCUCGUACAUGCGCCACGAUAAGCUCUGGAUCUGCAUGGAGUACUGCGGCGGGGGAAGCCUACAGGACAUCUACCAGGUGACCGGUCCGCUGACCGAGCUGCAGAUUGCGUACAUGUGCCGGGAAACGCUCCGCGGUCUUUCCUAUCUCCAUUCGAUGGGCAAAAUUCACCGGGACAUUAAGGGCGCGAACAUUCUACUUACCGAGCGGGGCGAUGUCAAGCUGGCCGACUUUGGUGUGAGCGCCCAGAUCACGGCCACCAUCAACAAGCGUCGAAGUUUCAUCGGUACACCAUACUGGAUGGCGCCGGAGGUGGCGGCCGUUGAACGGAAAGGUGGUUACAAUCAUCUGUGCGAUAUAUGGGCCUGUGGUAUUACUGCGAUCGAAUUAGCCGAACUGCAGCCGCCCAUGUUUGAUCUGCACCCGAUGCGAGCACUCUUUCUGAUGUCCAAGAGCGGUUUCAAACCACCGACACUGAAGGAGAAAGAUCGUUGGAGUACCAAUUUUCACUCCUUUCUGAAGGUGGCACUCACGAAGAAUCCCAAAAAGCGGCCGACGGCGGAACGGUUGCUGCAGCAUGCCUUCUUCCAGUCGGACAUGUCCAUCCGGUUGCCGCAGGAGCUGCUGCAAAAAUAUCACAGCCCGCACGCGAGCUACUACUACCAGGAUACGGAGGAAGAAGGAGCCAUCGCAAAUGGACCGCAGAGAAUUACGAGUCGAAUGCAUUCCUCCAAUUCUGUUUACCAUUGCAAACUGUUGGAAAAUGAGCGUUCAUCUAGUCCCGAAACACUACCGAGUGAUAUGAGUCUAUUGCAUUAUAUAGACGAGGAGUUGAAGAUAAGGCGUACGCUACCGCUGCACGAUAAUUCUUUGCUGGUGUGUUCGAACGAUGACAUACUAUCCGGCAGCAAUGGGCAGCAGCAUCGUACCGGGAACGGUCCGGGGGGUGGUGCGAUCGGUGGCAGCAAUCAUCACCACCACCUGCUCGACGACGAGGACAGUCUGAUUGCGUCGGACAGCAGCAGCUACCUGUCGGCGGGCCUGUCGACGGCAUCGGAUUAUGACAAUAAUGGUCGGGACGAUUCGACGCUCAGCUACGAUGCAAUGGAUCAGUUGACCGCAAAACUAGAGCAGCUAAAUGCGCAAAAUGGAGCUACGGCUAUGUGUGAACCACAAGAACAUGGGAGUAGUAAUAGCGAUAGCAAGCGACAUUCAAUGGAUCAGCUGAAUGAACUGUUUAAGGGAAUCGACAAGUCUUCCAGGCAGCGUAGUUUAAGUGACGGCGAUGGCAACAGUGAGGGAGCUUCCGAAUCGCAACCGGAUCUGCUAAACAACACACCACCCAUUCCCCCGAAGCGACAUCAUCGCACCCGGCGGCAUACGCCACCCCGACCCGUUUCGAACGGGUUACCGCCAACGCCGAAAGUACAUAUGGGCGCCUGCUUUUCGAAGGUGUUUAAUGACUGUCCGCUGCACAUCAACUGCACAGCCUCAUGGAUACAUCCGGAAACGCGCGAUCAGCACCUGCUGAUCGGGGCCGAGGAAGGCAUCUUUAAUCUAAAUCUGAACGAGCUGCAUGACGCGGCAAUCGAGCAGCUGUACCCGCGCCGUACCGUUUGGUUGUACGUGAUCAAGGACAUUCUGAUGUCGCUGUCGGGCAAAACGACCCAACUGUACCGGCACGACCUGCUGGCGUUACAUUCCAAGCAGACGCACCGCUUCUCAAUGCACAUGAAGAAGAUCCCGGAGAAGCUGGUACCGCGCAAGUUCGCACUGACGACGAAGGUUCCCGAUACGAAGGGUUGCAUGCAGUGUUGCGUGACGCGCAAUCCGUACAAUGGCUACAAGUAUCUGUGCGGUUCGAUGGCAACCGGGAUCUUUCUGAUGCAAUGGUACGAUCCGUUGAACAAGUUUAUGCUGCUAAAGCAAUGCGAAUGGCCAUCCGGUAAUAUACAGUACUACGGUGCAAACUCGAACGUGUUCGAAAUGAUUAUCACACCCGAACUCGAAUAUCCGAUCGUGUGUGUGAAUGUGAGAAAAGGACCGAACGAAUCAUUAAAGCUGGAUUUGAUCAAUACCAACAGCACCCCCAGUUGGUUUAAUACCACCGUCGAAGAGAUGGACGGUAUGGCAACGGUCAUAAACCGGCGAGAUACGCUUCGACCAAUAAAAGUGCAUCAGAUUGAAAAGGAUGCGAUAUUAGUGUGUUACGAUCGUUUCGUACAAAUCGUUGACAUUCAGGGUUUCCCAAAGCAGAGCCGUAAGCUCAUAUCGCGCGUGGAAUUUAGUUUUGUAAUCGAAAGCAUAGUCUGUUUAACUGAUAGUGUAUUAGCGUUUCACAAAUACGGUAUGCAGGGCCGCUCGCUGAGGAAUGGUGAGAUUACGCAGGAAAUUACCGAUACGAGCCGGAUCUAUGAGCUUAUCGGCAGUGACAACAAAGUGGUAAUGCUGCAAAGCCGAACCAUCCGUGCGGACAGUGGCGAAGGAACGAGUGAUGUUGGGCACGAUCUGUACAUAUUGGCGGGCCACGAAGCAAGUUACUAAAUAGACAAAACAAUUGUUUGUUUCACAGCGAGCUAAGUAGCACGAAGAAGGUCCGUUUUAAAAUUCGUUUCAUUAGCGCACCGCUCAACGGGUUUUGAAGCCACGCGGGUGUUGUUUUCAUUUUAAGCGAGAGGCAUCAAUUUGAUAUUGAUGUUCAAUGCUAGAACGUUAGAUCGGAACAUUGGCGGGAAGGACAGUGCACGAACGAACAACACGGAAUAGGGAAAACGUAACGUGUCCCGAAAAGUAUUAAUCUUAUUUUUAGCGCGCAUUUGAUCCAUACAUUUGACAAACAACAAACAAAACAAAAAAGCUUACUUCUCAAUAAUAUCGUUCUGUAUUUCGGUACAGCGUUUAUAAAGACUCUCCUAAAUCAUAAAGAUCAUUAAUAUUCCUUUUUUUUUGCUCCAAAACACAUUCGCUCGAACAUCGAGAUUUUAAAGAACAACAGACAUUAAUUUUUCCCAUUUUGUUAUAUAAGUAUUACUAUCCAGUUAUGAAUUGCCUUAGACAGGCAGUGUUGAAUUUAAUUCACAAACACACUAUGCUUUGCUUUUCGGUAAUAUGUGGCAAUUGGGUGAAAAAAAAACCAUUUCCACGGAACGUCGGACACAAGUGGACUGCAAUACAUUAUGAUAGUAGUGGCGCAAUACCUGAAGAUACGGAACCAAUUAACCAGUUUGCCAAACGGUUUGUUUACACGCGCCACAGUACGAAAAGUGCAACAAACACCUCAAGAAGCAAUCCCUAUCAGAUCGGACAGACAGAGAGCAGUAUAGGGGAAAGAGUAUAUUUUUAUAUAAAGCAAAACAAUUCUUUCGUAUCUCUGUUCAAUGAUUCUGUUACGGGAAUGUUCCAAAUCGCGCGAAAAUGUAUCGGACCCCAGGAGAACUGUACACAACUAGACUGGAUUGAGAUCACUACGAACACUUACUUCACGGAUUGCAAUAAAACGAGAGCAAAAGCGCCAUACUACUGAUGGAAAACUAUUUACACAAACUCUACUAAAACCCUAGCAUUUUGGGGGCAAUGUUUGCGCCGAAUAAUAGCACCAUUAAACACGUUACAUAACAAAAAACAAAAAACGAACCUGCUUCUCUAAUCUGAUUGUACGGAAAUUGCUAAAUCAAACAGUUGCAAUUUGCCCACGUAUAGCACGCAUGCAUAUGUGUGUGUGUGUAUGUGUGUCUGUUACUAUUAGAGAGACUCAAUAUGAUAAAGCGUUGUAAAACUUAUGCAUUUGCAAAACAAAACCAGAAAAAAAACACAAUUCCAUAAUUCACACUUUUG